AGCUUGGACAGCCACGCCUGCGCCCAGGCCAGGCAGAGGAACUGCCCCGCCCUGGUCCAGUGAUUGAUCAGCAGUGAUUACUGAGGCUUUAAUGGUCCGCUUGGAUGGGAAUUAAUUCUGGGAUGGAUAAAUAAUGCAUCGAGGUUUAUGUAGUCCAAGGCGAGCCGUCCGUCCGGAGCCGGGAGAGGUAGCCGAGGGAGCCUGACGGGUGACGCCAGCGGCCAUGGGGCCCCGAGCGAGCAGGGCAUGAGGGGCGACUGGGCGCGCGGACGAGCAAAAGCAAGUGGAUGACAGCAUGAUCGGCCCCGCGGGGCUGGCCGGACGGCUGCAAGAACAUGCUGAGCCCAAAGAUCAGGCAGGCCAGGAGGGCCCGCUCCAAGAGCCUGGUGAUGGGGGAGCAGAGCCGGAGCCCCGGGCGGAUGCCAUGCCCUCACAGGCUGGGCCCCGUGCUGAAGGCGGGCUGGCUGAAGAAGCAGAGGAGCAUCAUGAAGAACUGGCAGCAGCGCUGGUUUGUGCUGCGUGGGGAUCAGCUUUUCUACUACAAGGACAAAGAUGAGAUCAAGCCCCAGGGAUUUAUUUCUCUACAAGGGACACAGGUGACCGAACUUCCUCCUGGCCCCGAGGACCCAGGGAAGCACCUCUUUGAGAUCAGUCCAGGUGGUGCCGGGGAGCGGGAGAAGGUGCCGGCCAACCCCGAGGCGCUCCUGCUCAUGGCCAGCUCCCAGCGUGACAUGGAGGACUGGGUGCAGGCCAUCCGCCGGGUCAUCUGGGCCCCGCUGGGCGGAGGUACUGCCCGUAGAUCGCAUGCCCACCCUCUAGAACCCUUGCCUCCAGGGAUCUUUGGGCAGCGCCUGGAGGACACAGUCCACCACGAGCGGAAGUAUGGCCCCCGCCUGGCGCCCCUACUGGUGGAGCAGUGUGUGGACUUCAUCCGGGAGCGCGGGCUCACUGAGGAGGGGCUGUUCCGCAUGCCGGGCCAGGCCAACCUGGUGAGGGACCUGCAGGAUUCCUUCGACUGUGGGGAGAAGCCACUGUUUGACAGCACAACAGACGUGCACACGGUGGCCUCCCUGCUGAAGCUCUACCUGCGGGAGCUCCCCGAGCCUGUGGUCCCCUUCGCCAGGUACGAGGACUUCCUCAGCUGCGCCCAGCUGCUCACCAAGGACGAGGGGGAGGGCACUCUGGAGUUGGCUAAACAAGUGAGCAACCUUCCUCAGGCCAAUUACAACCUGCUCAGAUACAUCUGCAAGUUUCUGGAUGAAGUUCAGGCAUACUCAAAUGUCAACAAGAUGAGUGUCCAGAACCUGGCAACCGUUUUUGGACCUAACAUUCUGCGGCCACAGGUAGAGGACCCAGUAACCAUCAUGGAAGGCACUUCCCUCGUCCAGCACCUGAUGACUGUCCUUAUCCGCAAACACGGCCAGCUCUUCACGGCACCGGCCCCGGAAGGGUCCACCUCCCCGCGCAGGGGCCCGCAAUGUGCAGUGGGGUGGGGCUCCGAGGAGGUCACCAGAGACAGCCAGGGAGAGCCCUGCGACCCCGGCCUGCCCGCGCACAGGACCUCUUCCCUGGAUGGGGCGGCCGUGGCGGUGCUCUCCAGAACAGCCCCCACGGGACCGGGGAGCCGGUGCAGCCCUGGGAAGAAGGUGCAGACCCUGCCCAGUUGGAAGUCCUCCUUCCGUCAGCCGGGAUCCCGAUCGGGAAGCCCGAAGGGGGGCGGCGCGUCCCUGGAGGUGCCCAUCAUCUCCUCCGGCGGGAACUGGUUCAUGAACGGGUUGUCCUCUCUGCGUGGCCACCGCCGGGCCUCAUCGGGAGACCGGCUCAAGGACUCGGGCUCCGUGCAGAGACUCUCCACUUACGACAAUGUGCCCGCGCCGGGCCUGGUGCCCGGCAUACCCAGCGUGGCCAGCAUGGUGUGGUCCGGGGCCUCCAGCGAGUCGUCGGUGGGGGGCUCGCUCAGCAGCUGCACGGCCUGCCGCGCCAGCGACUCGUCCGCCCGCAGCUCCCUGCACACCGACUGGGCCCUGGAGCCGUCCCCGCUCCCCAGCAGCAGCGAGGACCCCAAGUCCCUGGACCUGGACCACAGCCUGGACGAGACGGGGACGGGUGCCAGCAACAGCGAGCCAAGCGAGCCGGGCAGCCCCACCCGAGAGCACGCGCGCCGCUCCGAGGCCUUACAGGGGCUGGUCACUGAGCUCAGGGCCGAGUUGUGCCGCCAGCGGACUGAGUACGAGAGGAGUGUGAAAAGAAUCGAAGAAGGGAGUGCUGACCUGAGAAAACGAAUGUCUCGGUUAGAAGAAGAACUGGACCAGGAAAAGAAAAAAUACAUCAUGCUGGAAAUAAAGCUGCGGAACUCUGAGCGGGCACGGGAGGAUGCGGAGAGGAGGAACCAGCUGUUGCAGAGGGAAAUGGAAGAGUUUUUUUCAACCCUAGGAAGCUUGACUAUUGGGGCAAAAGGUGCCAGGGCCCCAAAGUAAAAGGAAUGGCAGAGCUUACUUCUGUGCCACGUCUGCUGGUCUCCAGCCAUGCACGGAGUCAGAAGCCUCUGUAUCUCUGGAGCAGCCAGGCGCUCUGGAACCAGCUGGAGAGAGAGAUCCUGAUACCUCUGUGGGGACUGUUGGGACCCCACACACUCCAGGUGGGAUCAGAUGCUGCUCCAACCAUGCAGCUCCUGGUGAGGGUCAGAAGGGGACAGUACCAAGAGUAGCGCUUAGCCCUUACCCAGGAAAUGUCCUUCAUGGCCACAGAAAGGAAGGGCACCCACCAUUUCUGCCACAGGAUCCAGGCAGCCACUGGGAGCAGUUAGCUUUCUUUAUUAAAUGCGCUCACAAAGCA